GGGCAAUCUCAGAUGGAGGAUUCUGGUUUACCCAAAAGGAGAGGAGGAGGAUGGUUACCUUUCGGUGUAUUUAGGGUUGAUCGAUGGAGAAACCAUCCGCCAUGUUCUGGUUGACCCCGAAACCAUGCGCCGUCGUGGAUGGAGCGUGACGGUUGACUUCACUCUCGCCGUCGUCAACCAAACCGAUCCGGACUCGUCUGUGAAAAAAG